UUCUUUAUUACUUACCUGCACAAGAAGACAUCUUAAAGGACCACCUUUUCUGCAAAAUAUGUUCAAUAUCUAACACACCGACGGACUCUUCGAAACAUUACUCAUAUAUAUCUCUAUUCUCCCCCAUUCUGCUCCUCUUUCAAACAUAAUGGCUGGUAUACUAAUACUGAAAUGCUUGUUUUUCCUAGUAUCAGUUUGUCUUGCCGCAAACCUUGCAAUAUGUACAACUAGUAACAUCCCAAACACUAAGAAAACCUACAUCAUCCAAAUAGAUAAAUGGGCAAAACCAGAUGUAUUCAUUGACCAUGUGAAAUGGUACUCAUCACUAGUAAAAUCAGUACUAGCAUCGAGGCCAGAGAGAGAAACUGCAAGGGAUGAAGAAGAGAGAAUUCUUUACAGCUACCAUACUGCUUUUCACGGAGUUGCUGCUCAGCUCACUGAAGAAGAAGCAAGUAAAUUACAAGCUCAACAUGGUGUUUUAGCUGUUUUUCCUGAGACUAAAUAUCAGUUACAUACAACUAGAAGUCCUCUGUUCCUUGGUCUUGACCGUGAGGACAGCAACAAGUUGUGGUCAGAUAAAUUAGCAGACCACAACGUAAUUGUAGGUGUGCUUGACACUGGAAUAUGGCCGGAGAGCCCAAGCUUCAAUGAGACCGGCAUGACACCCAUUCCAGCUCACUGGAAAGGUGCAUGUGAAACAGGACGUGGUUUUGAAAAACAUCACUGCAGUAAAAAAAUUGUUGGUGCUAGAGUAUUUUACCGUGGGUAUGAAGCAGCAUCUGGUAAAAUAAAUGAAAGAGGUGAGUACAAAUCAGCACGAGAUCAAGAUGGACAUGGCACUCAUACAGCUGGAACAGUUGCAGGUUCUGUAGUCCGUGGCGCGAAUCUUUUGGGUUACGCUUAUGGUACUGCGCGAGGAAUGGCCCCAGGUGCAAGGAUUGCAGCUUACAAAGUUUGCUGGGUGGGUGGAUGUUUCAGCUCAGAUAUACUUUCUGCAGUUGAUCAAGCUGUUGCGGAUGGAGUAAAUGUUCUGUCAAUCUCAUUAGGAGGUGGCGUUUCGUCUUAUAAUCGUGACAGUUUGUCAAUUGCAGCAUUUGGAGCUAUGGAAAAAGGGGUAUUUGUUUCGUGCUCAGCAGGAAAUGGUGGGCCUGAUCCAAUUAGUCUUACAAAUGUGUCGCCGUGGAUUACUACAGUAGGAGCCAGCACUAUGGACAGAGAUUUUCCAGCAACAGUUAAGCUCGGGACAGGUAAAGUUAUUACUGGAGCUUCACUUUAUAAAGGUAGGAGAAAUCUUUCAACAGAAAAACAGUAUAGUUUAAUUUACUUAGGAAAUAAUUCGAGCAGCCCAAUGCCCAGUUCAUUAUGUUUAGAGGGUACUUUAGAUGGUGCGGAAGUUGCUGGGAAAAUUGUGAUAUGUGACAGAGGAAUUAGUCCUCGGGUUCAAAAGGGGCAAGUAGUGAAAGAUGCUGGAGGUGUAGGAAUGAUAUUGACAAACACUGCAGCUAAUGGGGAAGAGCUGGUUGCAGAUAGUCACCUUCUUCCGGCAGUAGCCGUUGGUGAAACGGAAGGAAAAUUGAUCAAGCAUUACGCUUCAGGUCGAAAUGCCACUGCCACUUUGAAAUUUCUUGGUACUAAAUUAGGGAUCAGGCCUUCUCCGGUAGUUGCUGCAUUUUCGUCGAGAGGACCUAAUUUCCUAACAUUGGAGAUUCUAAAGCCAGAUAUGGUGGCACCAGGUGUGAAUAUUCUUGCAGCUUGGACUGGUGCAUUAGGUCCAUCUAGUUUGCCAACCGAUCAACGAAGGACGAAUUUCAACAUAUUGUCUGGAACUUCAAUGUCAUGUCCACAUGUAAGUGGUAUUGCUGCUUUGCUAAAGGCUAGGCAUCCGGAUUGGAGUCCUGCAGCUAUUAAAUCUGCACUCAUGACAACAGCUUAUGUUCAUGAUAACACUUAUAACUCUCUAAAAGAUUCCUCGACAGCUACUCCUUCGACCCCAUAUGAUCAUGGUGCAGGACACAUAAAUCCACGGAAAGCUGUUGACCCUGGUUUGGUUUAUGACAUAGGGGCGCAGGAUUACUUCGAAUUCCUAUGCACACAACAACUCAGCCCUUCACAGCUAAUGGUUUUUGGAAAGUUCUCCAACCGAACUUGCCACCACUCGCUUGCUAAUCCAGGGGACUUGAACUACCCAGCCAUUUCUGCAGUUUUUCCUGAAGACGCAAAAGUUUCAACACUGACCCUUCACAGAACAGUCACCAAUGUGGGUUCUUCGAUUUCGAAUUACCAUGUUAGAGUCUCGUCGUUCAAAGGUGCAGUCGUGAAGGUUGAGCCAUCAAGAUUGAAUUUCACCAGCAAACACCAGAAACUAUCUUACAAGGUGGUUUUCGAGACAAAAUCUCGUCAAAAAGCACCUGAAUUUGGAUCCCUAAUUUGGAAAGAUGGGACACACAAAGUAAGAAGCCCAAUUGUGAUCACAUGGCUAGCAUCAAUAUAGUUCAGGUUACCAAAUAUGAACUAGCAUUUUGUUUGCGGAGGAUAAUAAAAAACAUGUUGCGGCAAAGUCCCUGUGUUUUCAGCAGUUGUUUUCACUAGAAAAUAGUUUCUUUUGUUCAUUACUAGCUACUUAAUUGUCAAAUUACUUGUGGCAACAUUUGGCAAUACCAGUCAAGAAAAAGUCCAGCUUCAAGUUUUGCAUUGUCAUCACGCUGCUCUAUUCAAUCAGACAAAUCUUUGUUCUAUUGAA